AUGAUCACCUCACCAUCGUACAUUCCCAGAGGCUCGACGUCCGCCGAGAUAACUUUCUAUGUUUCGCCAUUGAACAAUUCCACGUCCUCCAAUGGCGUGAAUUAUGCAGAGCCCCCACCGCCGGGUCAACGUGCAGUGCGCAACUACAUAGAACUCCCGUACGAAGUAUCACUGAACGACAUCCGCGGCAUAGAAUCCCACUUUGACUUAGACAAAGACGCAGUGAAAGCCAUCCAGAAAGUCCCAUCGGCCACCACCUAUAACACCUUCGACUCGGAUGUCGCCAUCCAACAGAUAUACUACCCAGAAGUCGAGGCCCUCCUUCGCUCACAGGUGCCAGGUGCGAUCAAGAUCGUCCUCUUCGACCACAACGUCCGCCGUCAGAAACUAGGUGCAGAGGCUGCCACUCUCCCGGUCAUCCGUGCCCACAUUGACCAGACUCCACACGCCGCCGCGGAACGAGUCAAACUGCACGUUCCUGAUCCAGAAGAACAAGAGAGGCUCCUCCAGGGUCGGUAUCGCAUUAUAAACGUCUGGCGUCCUCUUGGGGAGGGGCCAGUGCAGUCAAUGCCUCUGGCAUUUGCUUCAGCGGCCUCGGUCGAUCCAGCCGAUUUGGUGCCCUUCCAACGCCGGUUUCAGACCAUGCGACUCAAGUAUAACCCCAAUCAAAAGUGGUGGUAUUGGUCUGGUAUGACGAGUGAUGAGCGCCUGUUACUCAAAUGCUCGGAUUCAAAGGGACUCCAGGAUGGGUGUGUGGCGCAAUAUGCGCCGCAUGCAGCAUUUGAGGAUCAGAGAACGCCGCCGGGCGCGAAACCUAGGGAGAGUAUUGAGGUUCGAGCUUUGGUUUUUGGAUGACACCCUAUUUUGAGGUUUUGUGCUAAAGUCAGAUUAAAACCUUUAUAUGAGGGGGCUCAAUGCUCUUCUAGUAUUAUUUUUGCCUUUUAUUCCAUUAAUUUCAUCUUUCUGCUUUCCCAUGAGAACCUAGCCCUAGCCAAACUCAAUGCUUGUGAGAUAUUACUGGAUAAUUGAAGGGAAAAGUUCGAUGUUAUUGCGGUCCAAUAAGAUUCAAAAGAAGUAAAACCUAGAGGUCGUCCCCCAAUACCUUGUUGGCAAAGGCUCUCUCAACCUGCUCGCGGCUCCAGUCCCAUGAAUGUAUGACCCACUUCCAUACGCUUCCUCCUCGUCACCAAGACAGGUCAACUGAGACUUGAGAAGGCUUGGCCAUCUUCCCCCAGUCAUAGAUACCCCCUCGUUCUUUAAACGCAUCCUUGUCCCAGUGUACGCUGUCGAGGGCCUCUUGGACUCCAACGUUGAGGAUCGAGGCGGACGUCUUGCGUCCAUCCUUAUCGAGGAAUCUCAGAUAUUCGUCGAGAAUCAGGUAUGACCGGGCCAUAA